AUGCCGCUACAUCUGAGCAAGUUGAAAAGCCUCCAAGUGCUAGUUGGAGUCAAGUUUCUUCUAGGUGGUGGCGGUGGUUCGAGAAUGGAAGAUUUGGGUGAAGUACAUAACUUGUAUGGAUCUCUAUCAAUUCUAGAGUUGCAAAAUGUGGUUGAUAGAAGGGAAGCUCGGAAGGCAAAGAUGAGGGGAAAGGAACAUGUUGAUAAUUUAUCUUUGGGGUGGAGUGAAAUGAAAUUGUCUAUUGGUAAUUGCAAGGACUGUGAUUCCUUGCCAGAACUAGGACAGCUUCCGUCUUUGAAAUUCUUUUCAAUUAGAGAGAUGCAUCGAAUAACAGAGGUGACGGAAGAAUUCUAUGGUAGUUUGUCCUCCAAAAAGCCUUUUAACUCUCUCGAAAAGCUUGCAUUUGUAAAGAUGCCAGAGUGGAAGCAAUGGCACAUACUAGGAAGUGGCGAGUUCCCAAAACUUGAGAAGCUUUCAAUUGCAAGUUGA